UAAACCCUUCCUCUAGAGUCUAGAUAUAACACCAGCUGUUGCAGCUGAGGCAAACCAUCAGGCAGACAAUGAUCCCGAUGCGUGCAUUUCAAAUGCCAAGAACAGUAACAAUAAGUCCCAUGUUGAGCUUAGCUUCUUUAAAUUCAAAUUCAGAUUCAAUCAAUGGAAACCCACAUGAUUUUCUUCCUCAAAAACCACUUACAAACUCUCUUCAUCUUUCCCUUCCCAAACCUUCCUUUCUUGUCCGCACCCAGGUAUAUUAAUCCCUCUUUUCUGGGUUCAAUUUUGUUUGUAAUCAAAGCUUACAACCUCAUAUAUAAGACCCAAGAUUUACAACUGCAUAUAGAAUCAAAUGUUCGGAUAGAGAAAAGAAGAAAACCGGAGCCAUCCUGCGUUGUUUGUGAGGGAAGUGGAAGAGUUGAUUGUUAUCAUUGUCAUGGAAAAGGCAGGAUAAAUUACACUGAACUAUCGAUGCUUCCAAAAGGUGAAUGGCCAAAAUGGUGCAAGAUAUGUGGUGGCAGUGGACUUGGGCAUUGCACCCGUUGCCUCGGAACAGGCGAGUACAGGGAUAUUAUGGGCUUUCAUUUCAUGAAGAGAGAAUCCGACCACCCUCCAAAGCACACAGUGCAUCAAAAUGAAGAAAACGCUGAGCGUCUUACUGCUGCAGAUUUACUUCUCUCGCAAAGCCUGUCGGAAUCAGAAAAGUAAUCAGUGAGCAUGUAACUGUAGGUUGUUAUAGAAUGUAGUUUGUGUUCGUGAUGAAUGAACUUGCGAAAACGAUUGUACAUAAGUUGAAAGGUCUUUAAAAGCUUUUCAUUUGCUAGCAAUAUGUUAAUAGUCCAAUUUCUUCUACCCGUUCGUAUGUUCAUCAUUCACUCUCUUCAUUAUCGUCUUGGAAUGACUAUGUUCGUAGUGACUCGAAGUUGUUCUUCAAUCUUUGAUUCUUAAUAAGAGUACUUAAGAUUGUCUCUUU